CGAACCAUUUCUCAACUUAAUUAUUAAUGCCUACCUACCCUAAGAAUCCGGAUUUAUAUCUUCUGUAUAUCGCGAAGGUCUAACUAACUCGGCUGCAUUUUCAUUUUCAAGAUUACCUUAGGUACCGUAGUUUUACGAAUCUCAAAUUUGUUGUAUUUCUGGGAAGAGUUCGCUUGAGCAAAAGCAAAAGCAGACCGCGACGGGCGAAGAAAUAUUAUCUUGGUGAAAUCUGAGGUCGACCCCAGCGACUCCCCGAUAAAAAAUGAGCUGGCCAUACAAAAUAUUCGCGCUGGACGAUGCUCAGAAGCAUGCUCGGCGCCAAUCGCUUGACCGUCAUGCGGCUUACGCGCAGCUCUCGGCGCUGAUUCCCAUAGGCCUCAUCUUUCUCUACCGGCUAGGAGUAUUUUUGUUAAGACGGGCGUCACCUUAUCAGCCCGUGGCUUACUCAUCCGUUCCGAGCUCCCCGGGACUCAAGCAUGAGAGACAGAGUCCUGCCAGGUAUUGGAGUACCACGGCGAGGCGUAUCGCAUGGUGGCUUGGCGACGAUGUUGUCAUUCUAGGGCUGAACUUGGGACAAAGAGACCAGAUGGUUUUCGGCUCUUUAUGGUCCAUGUGGCUUGUCUUCUUGUGUUUCGAUGGCACUGGAAAUGAUUACCUUCACCUUACAAAGCGUUUUGGGAUAGUUGCCAUAUCUCAACUUCCGCUGCAAUAUUUAUUAAUAUUGAAGAACAUCAACCCCAUCGCCUUCGCGUUCGGGUCUUCUCAUGAGCAACUCAAUCGGUGGCAUCGUGUCCUCGGUUGGAUUAUCUACUCCCUGUUCCUUGUCCAUGCAGGCUUAUACUUAAACUUCUAUAUUCAAGAAGGCAUUCUCUCUGAAAGAAUCGUCCGACUUGUUCCAGCUCUUGGGCUUGGUUCAAUCAUUGGCAUGAGCUUGCUGAGUGCUACGGCCCUUAAAACUAUCCGUACUUAUUCCUACCGUGUCUUUUUCAUUACGCACCUUGCGGUAGCGAUGGCUCUCCCACCGGCCAUCUUCUUCCAUUCCCAUCACGGGGGUCGGCAAUAUUUAGUCGAGGCAUUACUCGUCUUCUUCAUCGAUCUCGUCAAGCGCAAGAUUGAUACCGUCACCGUGACAUCGACUGUAGAGCUUAUUCCCGACACCAACUUAAUCAAGAUCGUAGCCAGCCUCCCUUCCUCAAAACUCGAUCGCUUCCGCAAGUACGCCGGAAUGCAUGUGUAUUUGAAUAUUCCCUUUGCUUCCCGCCGCAGCUCGCAUCUUAUAUUCGAGUUUGCCUAUAACCCAUUCACUAUCGCGUCGGUAGAUGAAAAAUCAGGAGAACUAACUUUAGUUGCGCGACGCCAGAGAGGGCCUAUGACUGGAGCCUUAGCCCAAUUUGCAGAAGUUGAGUUAACCGACACUAAAGUAUCGCUAUGCAUGGAAGGCCCUUAUGGGUACGCGACAUGGUUUCCAAACCUGGCCGGCCCGGAGUUUGAUCGGAUCCUUUUAGUUGCUGGUGGCAUUGGUUCCACAUUCAUCCUACCUAUCUCCAGAUAUAUUAUAAAUGAAAAUCCAUUAGCCCGGGUACAGGUUGUCUGGUCAGUACGCGGAGCCGCUGAUGCAUCGUGGCCUCGAGACAGCGCGGCAGAUACUCUCGAUGACAACAUACAGCUAUUCUUGACUGAGGACGUUCCGCGCGAACCCGCUUUACGAGAAGCAGUCGAGUUAGAUAGUAAUUCGUAUCUUAAUCCCAGGCAGGUUCAUAAACGGCCCGACCUACGGCAAGUCGUUGACGACUUUUUUCGCCAAGGGCUUGAAGAGAGAGUCGCCGUGUUGGUUUGCGGACCGGAGGGGAUGGCUCGUGAGUUGAGAUCACACGUCGGUGUUUGGGUUAAGAAAGGUCGGAACGUUUGGUGGCAUAACGAGGGUUUUACAUGGUAGCUGUUUAAAAGAUGAGGGAUUCGAUGGGACUUUAGGUAGUUUAGGUAGGUAGUUUAGGUAGGUAGUUUAGGUAGGUAGU